AUGUCAUCGACGCCCAGUGGAACGAAAAGAAAGGCGCCCGAGGCAUCGGGAUCCGGGACAUCAAUCACGAUUCUCGAAGCCUCCACUUCUGUUGGUCCUGCAUGGGUCAACUUUCCCGCCAAUAGGCCAUCGAAAAAGACGCCCUUCAAGGUGUACCGACGCGAGAACGAUACGGAGGAGCUGGAUUUUGCUCGACAAGAGACCUUGAUCGCGGGAGAGACGGGCGACAUGGAGUUCUACAGUGUGAACAAGGAUUUAGGUAUUCCCGAGGAGAACUACACUUGCCAAUAUGUGCCAGCCCUAUAUGACCCUGCUACAAACUCCCUUGUGGUCCACCCUUCCACCCCGACCUACAUCCUCGCUCAGCGAGUGAAACGACUCAAGAGUAUGGGUCAGACGACCAACCUUUCGAACCCUAUGGAGCAGCGCAUGUUGAAGCGAGACCAGCUCGGAGAGACGUUCGGAACGAGAAAGGCCAAGAGCAGGAUCAAGGCUGUCGAGCGGAACAAGGUGGACGCUGAGGCUCAGGCCGGGGUCAAGGAUCAUCUGUUGUCGAGUAUCGAGGUUGCAGCACAGAACAUCCCUACUGCAGAAGCUCUAGAACAACUAGCCAACUCUGUAGGACGACAUCCUCCGGCAAACAUGGAUACGACCGACCCAGAGCAAGUGUACCCCUUGGACAAGCUCAUCCCAACAGAAGAAUACGCCAGCAUCGACCCGGAUCCGAUCAUCAAGGCUUCAGACGACAGGGAGAGGAUGCAGAUGUUACCCUUCCCUCACAGUCGAUGGAUCGAGCAAAAGUUGAGGUUGGCAUUGAACAUGCCUUUUGGAGCGAAAAAAUCGACAGUACGCGUGUUAUACUACAUCUCUUGUAUCCGACAAUUCCAAAAGAUGAAAAAGGCUUUGGGACGAUCGGACGACCUGGUGGAAAAGAUGAACGGUAUGCCCAAGGUCAUCAUCGACGGGCUCGUCAAGCGGUUCACCGAGACUGCCAAAGGCAGCUCGACCCCAACGAUCACUGCCGCUAUGGAAAACAAGCUGAUGGCUUACCAAUUCGCUUUGCGGUUACGAUGUGAAAAUUACGCCUGCGACGUUGAGCCCAUUGCUGCCGACCUGAAACUGCCGACCAACAAGAUCAAGGAGAUCUUCAAGAGCAUCGGGUGUACGGUGGACAGGCCUACGGCCGCUGAUAGGGAGAGGUUGGGCAUGAACGGUCAAGAGGCCAAGGCGUCGACGGCCAUCUUGCAAGCACCACCCGUGUUCCCCAAGGCCAAGAAGGGAGGCCCUGCCAAGCGAUAA